GUCUCCACUUAUGAGAAAGAGAAACUGAAACAUAAAAGUCACUUCAGAGAUCGAGGAGUAGAGAUCAUUUUCAGUAUGUCAUCAGAGGAGGAUUUCUCUUUGGUGGUGGAGCCACUGAUGUCCGAGGACACCUUGGAGGGAGUCGUGGGCUUAAUCAACAAAUACAAGAAAGACUAUGAGCGGCUGCAGGCGGAGCAGAAGGAGCUGGUGGCCUCCAGAGAUGAAAGCCGGGAUCGGACCGAGGAGUUCAGGCUUCGAUGUGAAACACUGAGCAAGAGUCAGAGCACGGACGAGGACUCUCAGAGACAGAGGCUUGCAAAUGAAAAGGGGAAGCUGGAUGUGCUGAAGCAGGAGGAGACGGUUCUGAGGGAGGAGAUUCAGAAAGUGCAGGAUGCUGUGAGGGAACAAGAGGCCCAGAACGCCGGCCUGAGAGAGAAGGCAGACGUGUUCUCCUCCAUGCCGCAGAAGAAGUUUGUCUUCAGAGGCGCGACACAAGACGCAGACGACUGGCAGACGCUGGAGAUGAAGCCGCACGUCAUUUAUCCGAUGGAGGGAGGAACGGCGCUGAUCACGUUUGAGGAGGAGGACGUGGCAACAAAGAUCCUGGACAUGAAGACACACAAAGUGGAUCUGGGAGGCGAAUGCAGCAUCAGCGUGGAGGCGAGACCAGUUCACCUGAUGCUUCCCAGUCUGGUGGAGAUCGACUCCGAUGUCUGUCAUCGGCGCAUUUUAGUGUCCGACCUGCCGGCGAUGGACACGGACACCCUGCUGAACAAGCUGGAGAUCCACUUCUCCAAGAGCAAGCACGGCGGCGGGGAGGUGGACUCCUGCGAGUUCCUGGCCGACUCUGGCACGGCUGCCAUCGCGUUUGUCGGGGACGGCAUUGCCAAACGUCUCGCAGAAGUCGAGUACCACGAAGUGAAGCUACAGAAGAAAAAGCACAGAGUUCGAGUUACUGCUUUCCUGAAUGGACAGAUUACGAACCUAAAGACCAAGAUGACCACGUGCCCUCGGACGGUGCUGCUGACGGGGAUACCCAACGUCAUGGAGGAGGAAACCAUGCAGGACCUGCUGGAAAUCAACUUCCAGAAAAACGCCAACGGCGGCGGGGAGAUCGAAGCGUUCCUGUACAACCCGCUGGGCCAGCAGGCCUCGGCCGUGUUCGGCGGCGCCUCCGACCGCACGGAGGAGUAACGUAACUAACGUAACACUCAGAUCAAGUGUUUUAACUUCUUCUUUCGGGCAUCGAUUGAAUCAGAGAUGGUUUUGGGUUGUUUUUAACACAAUUUUUGAAAAUGGAUCAUGUAUUAUUCAAUCAAAGAGGAAACCAUUCAACCUGCAUGUUUUCUGCCUGAAUGUGGUGUAACUUGUUAAAACUUGUUAAUUUAGUUAAACUAAAUUAUUGACAGGUAUCAGAUUAUCAUGUGACACAAUCAAAUCUAACAUCUGUAGCAACUCUGGAUUAUUUCCAGCCAACUGUGCUAAAUGUGAGGCGAGCAUCGUGGGCUGACCUCGUCUUCCACUCUUGUGCCUUUUCUUCUCCCUCUUUCUUUUUAAUCACCAACUCUGAUAUCAAAGUUGAGGUGCUACGUUGAGUUGCGACAAACAAGCUCUGCCUCAUGACCCUGUCAGGUUUCACCCCAAUAAAAUCAGAGUAAAUGUUUAUUAUUUAACUAUAUUCAGUUCAUUUCUGUUAUAUCGAUUGUCAAUAUGGCAAAGGCUGUGCUAAAUGGUGAAAGAUGAAGGUUCAAGUGUUGCACUUUUCAUCAUCAGAGCCUGUGAAAUAAAGAUCUCAGUGAACAGCAAAAAGUUUUGCCU